AUGAUAUCUAUUCAGGGUAGUCUAUUCUCUACUGUUCCUAUCUUAUCUAGAGAUAACUAUAAGAAAUGGAGAGAGGACCUGGAUGUAGCACUAUUUGUCAUAGAGUUGGACUUAGCUUUUAGAGAGCCUAAUCCCAUAAUUACAGCCACUAGCACCACUGAGGAGAACCAGAAAUUAGAAAAAUGGGAAACUGCUAACAGAAAGUGUAUCAUCUUGAUGAAAAGAUCUAUCCCUGAGAAUAUGAAGGAUAGUGUAGGAGAGAUGGACACUGCAACUGAAUAUUUGACUGUGAUCAAAGAAGUUUUUGAGGUUUUUCAAAGUGCUGAGAAAGCGGAAUUGAUGAAUCAAAUCCUCUUAGCCAAGUUUGAUGGUAAUGGAAGUGUGAGGGAGCAUUUUCUGGAGAUAUCUUCCAUGGUGAAGAAGUUGAAAGAUCUGGAAACUAACCUGGAUGAUGAUUUUCUAGUCUCUCUUACACUGAAAUCUCUCCCAGAGUAG